GUUUUAUUGUCAAUUUGGCAUUUGGCAUAACAAAAUCCAAAACAACGCAAUAAAAUUAUUAUAAUAUGAAUUCAAACGAGAAGCAUCUGGACGUGGAAUUCAAAAGGUAUUUGCAAAUCUUGAAACCUUAUUUGGCUCAGUUAUCAGACCAAUUCAUAAUAAACUCUUGCAAUGUGUGGAUACAAAGACUGUCGAACCGGAAUGUGGAUAAGAUUCUUAGGAACAAGUAUAUUUUCCUUUUAUUCUCAAAUUUAGCGAGAGGAUAUCUUGACAUGCCUUUUCUGCAUAAUCCACCAAGUGUAUUACCACCUCUUCAUGAAGAUGGCAGUGACAGCGAAUCGUCUUCAGCAGAAUGCUUGGUUAUUAACCCUGAAAAGCCUUCCACUAGAGUUAUUUUUGAUAGAAAAAACUCUCUAUCAUCAGAAACAAAUUCGCAAGACGACAAAGAUAGAUUGAAAGAAACUAAUGUUGAUAAAACAACGUCUGUUGAAAAAUGUGACCAGAAUUCAGCACACCAACAUAAUGGAUUUAAUAUUGGUGCUGAAUUCUUGCUAGAUGAUAACCAAGGUAGUUCUGGUGAAGAGUAUGAUAAUAGAGCUGCAAGUCUGAUUAAAAAGGUGAGAGAGAUAAAAACACAAAAUAUUAUAUUACAUAACGAACUACUAGCACUACGAGGUGAUGUCAUAACAAACAAAAACAAUGAAUUUUCAACCACGAUUGAUAAUUUUACAAAUACCUAUAUUUUGGAGAGUCAAAGUAAUAUGACAGUAAGAACCUUAAAAUGCAAGUUGCAAGAAAUGAAAUACACAAGAAACAGCUUAAUAGAUACUGUUGCUAAACUUCAAGAUCAAUUAAAUAACUUUGAAGAUAUAAAAAGGCAUGAAAUUGAUGAAUUAGAAGCAAAACAUAAAUUAGAAAUUAUCAAUAUCAAAACGACUAUGCAUGAUGAAAUUAAAGAAAUAUAUGAAAGGAAAAUUGAAGAAUUGAAGCUGUCUUACGAGGCAACUAUGAAAGAUAUUGAAGAAAAAUCGCAUAUAAAUGAUACCAUUAUAGAAAAAAAUAAAACCAUUAACGAAAAAGAUAUGGAGAUAGACCACCUACGAGUUCAACUGGAGGACCAGAAGAGAAAUUUCCAAUCGGUUUUAAGCAAACUGCUACAAAAUUCCAACGAAGAGACUAAAGAUAACUCAAAAAUUCAAAACCAACAAUAUGAGAAACGUUUGAACAAACUAGAAAAGUCUAAACUCAAAUGCGCCAAAGCAUAUGAAGCAAAAUUAGCUUCUUUGCAAAGAGAAAGGCACUUGGCUGAAUGUUCCUUACAUCUCCAGCUCGUGAAACAAAGAGCUCAAGUACUGAGUGAAGUUGCAGAUGAUAACCAAACAGACUUGACAGCUGCACUAAAUAAUUUGGAAAUUAAAUACAAAGAUAUUAUGACAAAUUUGCAAGCGAGCACAAUGAACAGACGAAUACAAGACCAAAUUGCUUUGGAAUCCAUUCUACAGGCCGCGUGCGGAUUUCAAAGCGAAAUAUCUCGCGGCACUAACAGCCAAUUUUCGGGGAAAACCUUUCGGAACCCCAACCAGAGCGGUGAUGCUGAAAAUUGGACCGUACCUAAUGGGAACAAGGUUGUGAACAGGUGUUUUUAUGACGACGGUUUGUUGACCGGCCAAUGUUUGGACGGGGAAAAAGUUGGUCAACUGUUUGAGAGGCAUAUUCCUCAGAGGGACAGUGGCCACUAGACAGAACAUAAAACUAUUUUGGAGCAUAGUUACGGAGUUUAAUUGAUGACUUGGGGCCAUUUGUCGGUCGUAAAACGAAAUGGACAGAUUGUUUGUAGCACACAUAUGUGCGCAAAACUUUACUACACUGACUGAAUGCCAUUUAGUUUCUGAGUUUAAAAUUAACAAAUCAGACGCUUUAUCUUGGUAAAUUAUCGAAUUUCAGACUUUGUUUGCGACAUUAAGUAAAAUUGUUCCAUUAAUUAA